UCUCACAAACAACGGCCAUGCCUUUGUGACUGGCCAUCGCUCCGUGUCCGGUGUCGUAACAAAUACGCGUAGAUAGUAAGGCUAACCCAUUGACACGUUCAUCCAGGUGAAACCCUAGACAACACUUUGUUUGGGAAACAAAGUAAACAGUGCCGCGGGCGAAUAAACUGCUGGACUUUAUCAUUCUAUAAACUAUGGCUGACAGGAGAAGGGAGUAAACAUCAGAGGAGAGAGAAGAAAACCCGAUUGUAAGGAUUUAAACGCGAAGUUUGGUCAGUAAAACAGGAGAGAUUCACCAUGGGGGAAGCGGCAGACGGUCGCGUGGAGUUUAUCAGUGAGUACGCCCUGAAGACUUUCAAACAGAAGCCGGAGAAAUGGGCGAAAUGUUACGGGCAGGAAGAGACCAGGAUCAUGCUGCACGAGUUUUUCGACAAGGCGGAGAACACGCAUCUGUUCGUGUUGGCCAACGCCGCCGGGACCCUGAGUGUCACCAACGAGAUGCCGACCAGCCUGAAGGGAAAGGCCGUGUACUUCAUCAAGAAAAGGAAGGAACCGAUCAAGGGCACAGACAGCCUGCGAACAGACCUGUUCAUAGGCGACCUGUCCUACUCACCACUGGACCAGCUCUCGGCACUAGUCGAUGACGUUAUCGUGCCUAUGCUGCAGAACGACAGGAACCAUGACGGCUGGCCUAACGUGGUGUGUCAGGACGUCAUGCGCCACGUGCACAACCUGAAGAGUAACGUGUACGUGGUGGGAGGGCAGGUCAAGGGCAAGACUCUGCUGCCGCUGCCCGCAGGCGCCGAGCGCGUGGACUGUGUCGAGCCUGCAAAGGAGGAAACAUCAGACCGGCACCUUCUGCAUUCCAUCGAGUCGAUCGUGAUCGAGUGGUCACACCAGAUCCGGGACGUGCUGUCCAGGGACUCCGCCAAGCCGCUGCUGGACGGGCUCAACCCCACUCCGUACGCCGAGCUGGACUUCUGGAAGGCUCGGGCGGUCAACCUGGAGUGCAUCUAUGACCAGUUGCGGGAGAACAGAGUACGGAAAAUGGGACGGAUCUUGGAGAAGAUGAAGAGCAGCUACUUCCCUGCCUUCAAGAACAUCUUCAAGGACGUGGUAGCAGCCCUGUCUGAGGCAGUGGACAUCAACAUGCACCUGAAGACGUUACGGCGGAUGUUUGAGGACAUGGAGGAGGCGGAGUGCCAGGACCUCCCGUCCAUGAUCGCGCCGCUCUUCCACGUCCUCUGCCUGGCCUGGGCCAACUCCAAACACUACUGCAUGCCGGGAAGGAUGGUCGUCAUGUUGCAGGAAGUCUGCAACCUCUUCAUUGAGAUGUCGCGCACCUAUCUCGGUCCGGAUGAGAUCUUCAAGGGCGAGAUGGAAGACUCUCUGGAGAAGGUCAACCUCGUCUUGAAAAUGCUGAACACCUUUAAAACGGAGUACCACUCUCACAAGGCCAAGCUCAAGACAUACUUCAAGGACGGCAAAGAGCCGAAAGAGUGGGAGUUUGCGGACUCGCUGGUCUUCAGUCGGCUGGACAGCUUCGUGCAGCGGAUAGAAGUCAUCAAGGGCCUGUUUGAGACCGGCAUCAUGCUGAUGAAGCUGGAGAAAGUGGAGUUCUCCGGGAUCAAGGGCCAGGCCUUCAGCACGCAGGUGGAGAAGAUGUUUGAGGAGUUCCAGGAGUACUACAACGUGUUCGGGGCGCGAACAUACGACCCGCUGGACCCCAUGAACGCGGAUUUUGAUGCCGACGUGGAGAAUUUCCAUCAGCAAGUGGACGACAUCGACCGGCGGCUCGGCGCCAUCGCCUGCCAGGGCUUUGACGACUGCAGCGGCAUCGAAGCCGCCUUCAAGCUGGUUGAGAUUUUCGGCCCACUUCUGGAGCGUCCCACCAUCAGUGCAGACUUCCGCAGCAAGUACAUGGUCCUCCUGUCCAUGUACGACAGGGAGCUGGAUGAAGUCAAGGUCCUGUACGACGACCAGGUGUCGGCCGCUGCUGCUAACGGAGGCGUCCCGCCUGUCAACAAGAACAUGCCGCCUGUGGCCGGCGCGCUGGAGUGGGCACGGGAGCUCCGAGACAGGAUCGCCACGCCCAUGAGGGGCUUCCGCUUCAUUGAGGACCCGUCCAUGGAAAGCGAGGACGCAGGUAUUAUCUUCAAGAAGUUUGAGGAAAUGCAAGAGCUCCUCAACAAGUACGAGGAAUCUUGCUACGAAGGUUUCACAGCUACUGUGGACGAGCGGUCAAAGUUCAACUUGGCAAAUCCUCUCCUGACCCGCCAGGGAGAACUGAUCCAGGUCAACUUCGAUCCGCAGCUGAUUGCCGUGUUGAGGGAGGUGAAGUAUCUAGAGAUCCAGGAGAGAGAAGACAUCCCGGGCAGCGCUGCAGACAUCUUCAGUAAGAAGGAGAACUUCUGGCAGUUUGUGCGCAAUCUGGACCUCCUGGUGGCGUGGUACAACCAGGUCCGUCGGGAUAUCCUGGAAGUGGAGCUCCCUCUGAUCGAGACCCAGCUGCAGGACAUAGACACCAAGCUGGAGACCGCGGAGAAAAGUCUCAGCUGGAAGGACGACGGAGUGUGGGAGUACAUCCAAGAGACAAGAGACAUGGUUCACGACUUACACGUGCGCGUCUUCAAGGCCAAGGACAACGUGGAACAGAUGCAGAAGAUCAUGGAGAAGUGGUGCGUCCUGCCGCUCUUCGAACGCAAAGAAAACAAGAAAGACGCCCUGCUGUUCCUGGACGACCGUGCCGACAGACUGCCCAAACGGUACGCUGAGAUCAAGGAGGCGGGAGAGAAGAUACACGCUCUGCUCAAGGAAAAUUUGACGCUGUUCAAGGCGGACGCGUCCUCAGACAUCUGGAAGUCUUACGUGGACUACGUGGACGACAUGGUGGUGGACGGGUUCUUCAACGCCAUCCACUGUUCAGUCAACUAUCUGCUGGACAACACAGACGUCAAGCUUAACCCAGCGCCGCUGUUCGAGGCACGCAUGGAGCUGAUCGCGCCAGACAUGGUCUUCCAGCCGUCCCUGGACUUCGGCGUGAACGACGGUUUCUAUGAGAUGGUGGAGGGAAUCAUCAACGACAUCUACAAGAUCGCCUCCCUGGUGCCGCGGCUGGCCGAUCACAGCGGGCUGGAACACUACCAGGCUGACAUGGAGGACAUGCAGGAGCUGUGUGACAUGCGACAGGAGACCAUGGACAGGGUGCAGACCGUCAUGAACAAGGCCUGCGACUAUCGCAACUCCUUCGACAACUACUCGUACCUGUGGGUGGACGACAGGCAGGAGUUCAUGCGCCAGUUCCUGCUCUACAACCACGUCCUGACACAGGAGGAGAUCGAGGCUCACGCGGAGACAGGCGUGCCCGAGUGUCCGCCCACACUGGACCAGUUCAAGGAUCAGAUUGACACAUAUGAGAAGGUUUACGAGGAAGUGAUCCAGAUCCAGGGCAUGGUGCGGUGUGACGACUGGUUCAGGGUGGACGCCAAGCCGUUCAAACAGGCCCUGCUCAACAUCGUCAAGAAGUGGAGCUUCAUGUUCAAGCAACAUCUCAUCGACCACGUCACAAACAGUCUGAACGACCUGGCCGGGUUCAUCACGGUGACUGACGCCGGGCUGUCUAAGGACGUGGAGGAGGGAGACUAUGACGGACUGGUGGGCGUCAUGGAACAUCUGCUGGCCGUCAAGGGGCGGCAGGAGGCCACGGACGAGAUGUUCGAGCCUCUCAAACACACCAUCGAGCUGCUCAAACAGUACGACCAGGAACUGCCGGACGAAGUGCAUGCCCAGUUGCAGGCGUUACCAGAAAAGUGGAACAACACGAAGAAGAUCUCUGUGACAGUGAAGCAGGCGGUGGCGCCUCUACAGGCUAACGAGGUCGCCAUCUUACGGCGGAAAUGUGGCCAGUUUGAUAUCAAGCAGCACGAGUUCAGGGAGAAGUUCCGUCAGCAGCCGUUCCUCAGAUACGAUGCCAAAAACCCGUACGACGUGUUGGACACGAUCCAGUUAGAGAUCACGGUUCUAGAGAAGGAGAUGCAGGCCCUGCAGGAGGCCGGCGGGCUGUUCGAGGUCGCCAUCCCCGACUACAAACAACUCCGCGCCUGCCGGAAGGAGGUGCGCAUGCUCAAGGUUCUCUGGGACAUGAUCAUCCUCGUCAAGACGAGUUUCGACGACUGGAAGAAAACGCCCUGGCUCGAGAUCAACGUGGAGAACAUGGAGAUCGAAUGCAAGAAGUUCGCCAAGGAUAUCAGGUCGCUGGACAAGGAGAUGCGUGCGUGGGACAGUUACGGUGGGAUGGACUCCGCCGUCAAGAACAUGCUGACCUCCAUGCGGGCCGUGGGAGAACUGCAGAAUCCGGCCAUCCGGGACCGCCACUGGCAGGAGCUCAUGAUGGCGACAAAGGUGAAAUUCGUCAUGGACGAGUCCACCAAGCUGGAUGACCUGUUGGCGCUGAACCUGCACAACUUCGAGGACGAGGUGAAGGGCAUCGUGGACAAGGCCGUGAAGGAGAUGGGCAUGGAGAAGGUUCUGAAGGAGAUGGACGCCACCUGGUCCGCCAUGGAGUUCACCUACGAACCGCACUCGCGCACAAAAACACCGCUGCUCAAGGGUGACGAGGAGCUGAUUGAGACCCUCGAGGACAACCAGGUACAAAUCCAAAACCUGAUGACGUCCAAGUAUAUCGCCCACUUCCUUGAGGAGGUGUCUGGCUGGCAGAAGAAGCUGUCGAACGCCGACUCCGUCAUCUCCAUCUGGUUCGAGGUGCAGCGCACCUGGUCUCACCUGGAGAGCAUCUUCAUCGGCUCCGAGGACAUCCGGAACCAGCUGCCCGAGGACUCCAAGAGAUUCGACGGGAUUGACGUGGACUUCAAGGCACUGAUGGCGGAUGCAGAAACGACACCGAAUGUCAUCGUGGCCACCAACAAGCCGAACCUGUAUGACAAACUGGAGGAGAUCCAGAGCAGGUUGACCCUGUGUGAAAAGGCCCUGGCUGAGUACCUGGAGACCAAGCGACUGGCCUUCCCCAGGUUCUACUUCGUGUCCUCGGCUGACCUUCUGGACAUCCUGUCUAACGGCACACAGCCAACAGUGGUGGCUAGGCAUCUGCCCAAGUUGUUUGACAACACAGCUAAGCUGAAGUUCCAGGAGGACGAAAACGGGCAGUUCACCAAGACAGCUACCGGCAUGUACAGUAAGGAGGGAGAGUACUGCGACUUCGACCAACCGGUGGAGCUGGACGGCCAGGUUGAGAUCUGGUUGAACAAACUGUUGGACCGUGUUCGUGCGACCGUGCGACAACAGUUCACGGAGGGCGUGGUGACGUUUGAAGAGAAGCCCAGGGACCAGUGGCUGUUUGAGUACCCGGCGCAGUGCGCGCUCAACUGCUCACAGAUCUGGUGGUCCACGGAGGUCAACAUCGCAUUCGGGCGGCUGGAGGAAGGGUACGAGAACGCUCUGAAGGACUACAACAAGAAACAGAUCACCAUGCUGAACACGUUGAUCGGCUUGCUGAUUGGUCAGCUGACAUCGGGAGACCGGCAGAAGAUCAUGACCAUCUGUACCAUCGACGUGCACAACAGAGAUGUGGUCCAGAAGAUGAUCGCGCAGAAAGUGGACAACGCGCAGGCCUUCAUCUGGCUCAGUCAGCUCAGACACAGGUGGGACGAGGAAAAGCAGCACUGCUUCGGUAACAUCUGUGAUGCACAGUUCCUGUACGCGUACGAGUACCUGGGCAACACGCCUCGUCUGGUCAUCACCCCUCUCACGGACAGAUGUUACAUCACCCUGACGCAGUCUCUCCAUCUCAUCAUGGGAGGCGCACCCGCAGGGCCUGCCGGGACGGGCAAGACGGAGACAACCAAGGAUUUAGGACGCGCGCUGGGCAUCAUGGUCUAUGUGUUCAACUGCUCCGAACAGAUGGACUACAAGUCCAUCGGUAACAUCUACAAAGGACUGGCGCAGACUGGAGCCUGGGGCUGCUUCGACGAGUUUAACCGCAUCUCCGUGGAGGUGUUAUCGGUGGUGGCCGUGCAGGUGAAGAGCAUCCAGAGCGCCAUCAGGGACAACAAGGAGCGCUUCCUGUUCCAGGGUGAGGAGAUCAGCCUGACGAAGACGGUGGGUCUGUUCAUCACCAUGAACCCCGGGUACGCCGGGCGGACCGAGCUGCCGGAGAACCUGAAGGCGCUCUUCAGACCCUGCGCCAUGGUGGUGCCCGACUUCGCGCAGAUCGCCGAGAUCAUGUUGGUGGCAGAAGGCUUCUUGGACGCCAAACUGCUGGCACGGAAGUUCAUCACGCUGUACACACUGUGCAGGGAGCUCCUGUCCAAACAGCAUCACUACGACUGGGGUCUCCGUGCCAUCAAGUCGGUGUUGGUUGUGGCCGGUGCGCUGAAGCGUGGUGACCCGACCCGCCCGGAGGACCAGGUCCUGAUGAGAGCCCUGAGAGACUUCAACCUGCCCAAGAUCGUCACUGAUGACGUUCCCAUCUUCAUGGGUCUGAUUGGAGACCUGUUCCCGGCACUUGACGUUCCACGAAAGCGCGACCCUGAACUGGAGGGGCUUGUGAAGCAGUCGGUUCUGGACCAGCACCUACAGGCGGAGGACAACUUCGUGCUGAAGGUGGUCCAGCUGGAGGAACUGUUGGCGGUCAGACACUGUGUCUUCGUGCUCGGAAACGCCGGAACGGGAAAAACAAAAGUCAUCAAGUCUCUCAACAGAACCUACCAGCUGCAGAAGAGGAAGCCGACGUUGGUGAACCUCAACCCCAAAGCCGUCACCAACAACGAGCUGUUCGGCUGCAUCAACCCGGCGACUCGCGAGUGGAAGGACGGGCUGUUCUCCACCAUCAUGAGGGACAUGUCCAACCUGUCCGGGGACGGGCCCAGGUGGAUCGUGCUGGACGGAGACAUCGACCCCAUGUGGAUCGAGUCCCUCAACACCGUCAUGGACGACAACAAGGUGCUGACGCUGGCCAGUAACGAGCGCAUCCCCCUCCUGCCCAUGAUGAGACUGCUGUUCGAGAUCAGCCACCUGAGAACAGCGACCCCUGCCACGGUGUCCCGGGCCGGCAUCCUGUACAUCAACCCCGCCGACCUGGGCUGGAACCCCGUGGUCACCAGCUGGAUAGACACCCGGGAGGUCCAGUCGGAGCGCGCCAACCUCACCAUUCUGUUCGACAAGUACGUGCCGCCGUGCCUGGAGGCCCUGCGGACCAGGUUCAAAACCAUCAUUCCAGUUCCGGAAAUCAGCAACGUCCACAUGCUGUGCCACCUCAUAGACGGACUGUUCACCAAGGAGAACACGCCCCCAGACUGCCCGAAAGAGCUGUACGAACUCUACUUCGUGUUCGCGGCAGUGUGGGCCUUCGGUGGAGGGAUGUUCCAGGAUCAGCUGGUGGACCACCGGGUGGAGUUCAGCAAGUGGUGGGUGACGGAGUUCAAGACCAUCAAGUUCCCGUCCCAGGGCACCGUGUUCGACUACUACAUCGAUGCGGAGACAAAGAAAUUCCUUCCCUGGGCGGACAAAGUCCCCAAAUACGCACACGACACUGAAAUCCCUCUACAGUCUGUCCUGGUUGCGACUACUGAGACAGUUCGGUACAGGUUCUUCCUGGAUAUGCUGAUGGAGAAGAGGCGGCCUGUCAUGUUGGUCGGUAAUGCUGGCCUCGGCAAGUCUGUGCUCAUCGGGAACAAACUCAACGAGCUGAGCGACGACUACAUGGUGUCAAAAGUGCCAUUCAACUUCUACACAACGUCACUCAUGCUUCAGGGUGUUUUGGAGGAGCCUUUGGAGAAGAAGGCCGGUCGAAACUUCGGGCCACCCGGCAACAAGAGGCUUGUGUACUUUAUCGACGACAUGAACAUGCCUGAGGUGGACACGUACGGCACGGUACAGCCUCACACCCUCAUCAGACAGCACAUGGACUACUCCCAGUGGUACGACCGACAGAAGCUCAUCCUGAAGGAGGUCCACAACUGUCAGUACGUGGCGGCCAUGAACCCCACCGCCGGUAGCUUCACCAUCAACCCACGGCUACAGCGCUGGUUCUGCAUGUUCGCCCUGAGUUUCCCCGGUGUGGACGCCCUCACCACCAUCUACACCAGCAUCGUGUCCGGCCAUCUCAGCCAGGGAGGCUUCUCCAACGCCGUGCAGAAGCUGGCUCCCACCGUGGUGGCCGCAGCUCUGGAUCUCCACAAGAAGGUCGCCAGCACCUUCCUGCCGACCGCUAUCAAGUUUCAUUACAUCUUCAACCUGAGGGAUCUGUCCAACAUCUUCCAGGGUGUUCUGUUCGCUGCUAGCGAUGCCCUGAAGACGACCGCGGACAUGUGUAAGCUGUGGCUGCACGAGGCUUCACGCGUCUACGGAGACAAGCUGAUGGACGAGAACGACAUGGACGCCUUUGAAAAGAUCAAGCUGGAAUAUGCCAAAAAGCACUUUGAAGACGUUGAGGAGGAAGUGCUCUCCAAACAACCUCAGAUCUAUUGCCACUUCGCCGGGGGGAUCGGCGAGCCCAAGUACGGCUUCGUGCCCGGGUGGGAUCACCUGAACAAGAUCCUGGUGGAAGCUCUGGACAACUACAACGAGAUCAACGCAGUUAUGAACCUCGUACUGUUCGAGGACGCCAUGUCACACAUCUGCCGCAUCAACCGCAUCCUGGAGUCUCCGCGUGGUAACGCCCUGCUGGUGGGAGUGGGAGGCAGCGGCAAACAGAGUCUGUCCCGCCUGUCUGCCUUCAUCAGCAGCCUGGAUGUCUUCCAGAUCACCCUGAGGAAGGGAUACAACAUCAACGACCUCAAGGUCGACCUCGGCGGAGUCUGCAUCAAGGCAGGAGUGAAGAACAUCGGCAUGAUGUUCCUGAUGACGGACAGCCAGGUUCCAGACGAGAAGUUCCUGGUUUUGGUCAACGACUUGCUGGCAACUGGUGAGAUCCCCGGACUGUUCCAACCCGACCAGAUUGAGGAUAUCAUCGGCGGAGUCCGCACUGAAGUCAAGGGGCUGGGGCUGGAGGACACCCGCGAGAACUGCUGGAGCUUCUUCAUCGAUAGGGUCCGCAGGCAGAUGAAGGUCGUGCUGUGCUUCUCUCCUGUGGGUUCGACGUUGCGCGUGCGCAGUCGGAAGUUCCCUGCGGUGGUGAACUGCACGGCCAUUGACUGGUUCCACGAGUGGCCGGAGGAGGCGCUCAAGUCUGUCAGUCUCCGCUUCCUGGAGGACGUGGAGGGUCUAGAGGGAGAGCUACGGGAGUCUGUGAGCGAUUUCAUGGCCUUUGUCCACAUGAGUGUCAACAACAUGAGCAAGUCGUACCUGGUAAACGAGCGCAGGUACAACUACACCACCCCCAAGAGUUUCCUGGAGCAGAUCAGCCUGUACAGUAACCUAAUGGUGAAGAAGAACAAAGAAGUGUCAGCGAACGUAGACCGUCUGGAGAACGGUUUGCUGAAGCUGCAGAGCACCGCCUCACAGGUCGAUGACUUGAAGGCCAAACUGGCGUCACAAGAAGUGGAACUGAAGCAGAAGAACGAAGACGCAGACCGACUGAUCCAGGUGGUGGGAGUGGAGACGGAAAAGGUCAGCAAGGAAAAGGCGAUUGCAGAUGAGGAAGAAAAGAAGGUUGCCGUUAUCAACGAGGAAGUGGGCGAAAAGCAAAGGUCGUGCGAGCGAGAUCUAGCCCGAGCUGAACCAGCACUCAAGGCCGCUCAAGAAGCUCUCAACACCCUCAACAAGGGCAAUCUGACAGAACUGAAGUCCUUCGGCUCACCCCCGGGUGCCGUGACGAACGUGACCGCCGCCGUGAUGGUGCUGCUCGCCCCGGGAGGAAAGGUGCCGAAAGACCGCAGCUGGAAGGCUGCUAAGGUGGUCAUGGGCAAGGUGGACGAAUUCUUGAAUAACCUGAUAACCUACGACAAGGAGAACAUCCACGAAAAUUGCCUGAAAGCCAUCGCGCCUUACCUGGCCGACCCGGAGUUCGACCCGGAGUUCAUCCGUGGCAAGUCGCUGGCCGCUUCCGGCCUGUGCGCGUGGGCUAUCAACAUCGUCAAGUUCUACGAGGUCUACUGCGAUGUCGAACCGAAGCGCAUCGCCCUAGCGGCGGCUAACGCCGAUCUAGCGGCGGCCCAAAAGAAGCUUGCUGACAUCAAGGAGAAGAUCAGGCAAUUAGAUGAGAACCUGGCGGAGCUGACUGCUAAUUUCGAAAAGGCCACUGCCGAGAAGCUGAAGUGCCAACAGGAGGCUGAUGACACGGCACGGACCAUCAACCUUGCCAACAGACUCGUCGGUGGGCUGGCAUCUGAGAAUGUCCGCUGGGCCGAUUCCGUCCAGAAGCUGAAGGAAGCCGAGAAGACGCUGUGUGGAGACGUCCUGCUUACGACUGCCUUUGUCUCGUACGUGGGCUACUUCACCAAGUCUUACAGAAUCGACCUGUUCGAAAAUGCCUGGAUGCCUUUCUUAAAGGAUCAGAAGGUUCCCAUCCCAAUGACAGAGGGCAUAGAUCCGCUCACCAUGCUCACCGAUGACGCCUCCGUGGCCGAGUGGCAGAACCAGGAGCUGCCGAGUGACCGCAUGUCCACGGAAAACGCCACCAUCCUGACCAACUCGGACCGCUGGCCACUGAUGGUUGACCCACAGCUUCAGGGCAUCAAGUGGAUCAAGAACAAAUACGAGCAUCUUGUCGUCAUUCGUCUGGGAGCCAAAGGAUACUUGGACACUCUCGAGCGUGCCCUGUCCAUGGGAGAGACGGUUCUGGUGGAGAACAUGGGCGAGUCAGUGGAUCCCGUGCUCGACCCACUCAUCGGUCGGAACACCAUCAAGAAAGGACGGGCGAUCAAAAUCGGUGACAAGGAAUGCGACUUCCACAAGGACUUCCGGCUGAUCUUGCACACCAAGCUGGCCAACCCGCACUACAAGCCGGAGAUGCAGGCCCAGGCUACCCUCAUCAACUUCACCGUCACCCGGGACGGGCUGGAGGACCAGCUGCUGGCGGAUGUCGUCAGCGCAGAGAGACCUGACCUGGAGAAACUGAAGGCUGAUCUGACCAAGCAGCAGAACGACUUCAAGAUCACGCUCAAGCAGCUGGAGGACAACCUUCUGUCGCGCCUGUCGUCUGCCGGCGGCAACUUCCUUGGCGACACUGCCCUGGUGGAGAACCUGGAGAUCACCAAGCGAACUGCAGCGGAGAUCGAAGUGAAGGUGGAGGAAGCCAAGGUGACGGAGAUCAAGAUUAACGAGGCCCGUGAGCACUACAGACCCGUGGCCGCCAGAUCCUCCCUGCUCUACUUCAUCAUGAACGACCUCUACAAGAUCAACCCACUCUACCAGUUCUCUCUGAAAGCGUUCAAAGUGGUGUUCCUGCGCGCCAUCCGGAUGGCGGACAAGGACGAGAAUCUGAAGGUCCGUGUCGCUAACCUGAUCGACGCCAUCACCUACGCCGUGUUCAUCUACACCAGCCGGGGACUGUUCGAACGGGACAAGCUCAUCUUCACGUCACAAGUGGCCUUCCUGGUAUUGCUGAUGAAAAAGGAGAUCAACCCGACUGAGCUCGACUUCUUGUUGCGGUUCCCAGCGAGACCGAACUGUAAGAGCCCGGUGGACUUCCUAAACGACCUGUCUUGGGGAGGGAUAAAGGCCCUGGCAGACAUGGACGAAUUCAGGAAUCUCGAUCGUGACAUCGAAGGGUCUGCCAAACGUUGGAAGAAGUUCGUGGAGAGCGAGUGUCCCGAAAAGGAGAAGUUCCCCCAGGAGUGGAAGAACAAGUCUGCCCUGCAGAAACUGUGCAUGAUGAGGGCCUUCCGUCCGGACAGGAUGACCUACGCUACAAGAAAUUUUGUGGAAGAAAAGCUGGGAAGCAAGUACGUGGAGGGCAGGACGAUGGAGUUUGCCAAGUCGUGGGAGGAGAGCGGCAUCGGCACCCCGAUCUUCUUCAUCCUCUCCCCCGGUGUGGACCCUCUGAAGGACGUGGAGGCCCUGGGGAAGAAGAUGGGCUUCACGUGGGACUCAGGGAAGUUCCACAACGUGUCCCUGGGGCAGGGCCAGGAGAUAGUAGCUGAGAAGGCCCUGGAUAUGGCGUCCGAGCAAGGCCACUGGGUCGUCCUUCAGAACAUCCAUUUGGUGGCCAAAUGGCUGGCAACUCUGGACAAGAAGCUGGAGAAGUACAGCGAGGGCAGUCACGAGGACUACCGGGUGUACAUCUCAGCCGAGCCGGCUCCAACAGUGGAGGCACACAACAUCCCACAAGGCAUCCUGGAGGCCUCCAUCAAGAUCACCAACGAGCCCCCUACCGGCAUGUAUGCUAACCUGCACAAGGCUCUGGAUAACUUCGACCAGGAUACCCUGGAGAUGUGUGCCCGAGAAAACGAGUUCAAGUCGAUCCUGUUCAACCUGUGUUACUUCCACGCCGUUGUGGGCGAGCGGCGCAAGUUCGGACCGCAGGGAUGGAACCGGCCUUACCCGUUCAACGUCGGCGAUCUAACCAUCUCCUGUAACGUCCUCUUCAACUACCUGGAGGCGAACACCAAGGUGCCCUGGGAGGAUCUGCGUUACCUGUUCGGUGAGAUCAUGUACGGAGGACACAUCACUGAUGACUGGGACAGGAGGCUGUGUAAGACCUUCCUGGAGGAGUACCUGCAGCCGUCACUGCUUGAUGGUGACUUAAACCUAGCGGUGGGAUUCCCCGUCCCUCCCAACCUGGACUACGUGGGGUACCACCAGUACAUAGACGAGAUGCUGCCGCCUGAGAGCCCGUACCUGUACGGUCUCCACCCUAACGCCGAGAUCGGCUUCCUGACCAUCACGUCAGAGAACCUGUUCAAGACUGUUCUGGAGAUGCAGCCGAAAGACUCAGGUGGAGCCGGGGCCGGUGGAGUCACACGCGAGGAAAAGGUGAAAGGACUUCUGGACGACAUUCUGGAGAAGCUACCAGAGAGCUUCAACAUGGCUGAGAUCAUGGCUAAGGCGGAGGAGAAGACCCCGUACAUCGUGGUGUCGUUCCAGGAGUGUGAGCGUAUGAACGGUCUGACCAACGAGAUCCGCAGGUCACUCAAGGAAGUCGACCUCGGUCUGAAGGGUGAGCUGACCAUCACCUCAGACAUGGAGGAUCUCAUGAACGCCUUGUUCCUGGACCAGGUCCCGGACUCCUGGACAAAGCGAGCAUACCCGUCCCUCUACGGCCUGGGACAAUGGUACGCUGACUUACUCCUGCGUGUGAAGGAGCUGGAGAACUGGACAGCUGACUUCGUCAUGCCGAGUGCAGUCUGGCUGGGAGGCUUCUUCAACCCGCAGUCCUUCCUCACUGCCAUCAUGCAGAGCAUGGCCCGUAAGAACGAGUGGCCCCUGGACCGCAUGUGUCUCCAGUGCGACGUGUCUAAGAAGAACAAGGAGGACUUCAGCAGCCCGCCGCGUGAGGGCGCGUAUGUACACGGGCUGUACAUGGAGGGCGCCCGCUGGGACACUCAGACCAGCAUGAUCAACGAGGCCCACCUGAAAGACCUGACCCCCACCAUGCCGGUCAUCUUCAUCAAGGCCAUCCCCGUGGACAAGCAGGACAUGAGGAACAUGUACGAGUGCCCAGUCUACAAAACCAAGGAGCGCGGGGCGACGUUCGUCUGGACCUUCAACCUGAAGACCAAAGAGAAGGCGGCACGGUGGGUCCUGGCCGGGGUCGCCCUGCUGCUCAUGGUCUAGACAGUUGUGACGUCACAUUCUCAAACAUCAUUGGUCACGCUGUUGAACGUGUUGUUAUUACUGAGCAUAUAUAAGUAGAGCAUAUGUACAAGUAGAAUAUAGGAAUGUAA